AUGGCGGCCAUGGCCACGGAAGCCGGUGUGGCUGCUGCGAGCACUGCAGCGGUGGGGUUUGGGCUUUUCAACUACAAUCGUGCCAACUACCUUUACGAUGCCGAGUUCCGCUACGAAAGGUUCACAACAGGACGAGAGUAUGCUGUCGAGCAGCAGAACCAGUACCGAAACGACUUGCGAACGCUUUCCGCACUGACCAUGGUGAAGAACAACCAAUAUGCCGGUUUGGCCGCCUUGGAUAUGGCUCUUUGCAUCGCCCUGUACUGUGCUGGUCGUUUGGGUCUCCAUGGACCCUCACCCCCCGGAUGGAUCAUGGGGCUGUGGCUCACCAACAAUGCCGGCUCAUUCAGCUUCAUGGGCCUUGCGAUCUUCUUAGCGCUUCAUGCGUCCUUCAGAGCUCAGGCCGCCUCCGUGAACCUCCUCACCCGCAAGAUCCGAGUGCCAGUGCCUUCCAUGCGACAGUUGGACAAGGCACGACGUUUCAGCUCGGAGUUUGAGCAACAGCAGUGGAGUGACAUCUUUCGUGUGCCCUACAUCGCCAAUCCGGGUGUGCCCAAAACUGACGAGACGUCUAGCAAAGUGUCAGGCAGCCGAGCACGUUCUGCUAGGGGCUCAAUUGGUGAUGGCCAGUGUGUUCGGAUGUCGGAAGCACUGCGAAGCAUAGGUAUGGACGGUGGCAAUCCACGGCUCAACGUCUCCAAAAAUUCACCCAGCAACUCGGCCCAGCUGCAGUUGCAUGCGGCCAAUGCUCCCAGCCACGUGGCCGGCAGCGACCUGCCCUUCGCGGCGUUGAAGGAAAAAGCCAUGACGCAUACCACGCAUCUGGGAAGGCAUCGAGCCAUCAACCUGGCGGCUGGCGCGGCUGCUCUGCCACUUGAGGUGUUGGAGAGGGCCGCCAGUAGCUUUGUGGAAACCGACCACAGUGGCAUGAGUGUGGCUGAGAUGGGCUACCGCACCAAACCAUUCCACCGCAUCAUGGAGCGGGCUGAGAAUUCCCUGCGCGACUUCCUGAGGAUCCCAGACAGUCACGAGGUGCACUUCUUCAACGGUGGCGCCACUCUGCAGUUUGCGGCGAUCCCAUUGAACCUGCUAGGUGGUGUCAACGAGGGGAAGCGAGCGAACUAUCUGAUGAGCGGCCACUGGAGCGAAAAGGCGCGCAAUGAGGCGCAGCUCUUUGGCGAGGUCAAGGAGGUGGCGGUGGAUCCCAAAGGCCUCUAUUUCGAGAUUCCAGACAGCAAGACUUGGGACAUGGAUCCGAAUGGAGCCUACUUCCACUACACCUCUGCUGACACACGACAGGGUUUGGAGAUCAGAGAUUUUGAUUUUGCGGCGAUUCCAGCAGGCAUGCCGGUUUGUUGCGAUGCAUCAGCCAACCUUGGCAGCGCGCCGAUCGACGUGUCAAAGUAUGGCGUUUUGUAUGCCGCCUCCCACAAGAACUUCUCCACUGCGGGAGUUUGCUAUUCCAUCAUUCGCAGAGAUCUGAUCUCCAAGGACACCCAGAUGAAGGCCAUUCCAACGAUGUGCAACUGGAGCACCUUUCAGAAUGCUCCCAACAAGAUCUACAACGUCCCUGUGCUGAUGUCCGUGUGGAUUGGCGCCAUGAACACCGAGUGGAUGAUCGAGCGCGGCGGCGUGGAGGCCUUCCAGGACUUGGCCAUCACCCGCAGUCGGCUGCUCUAUGAUUUGAUCGACAACUCCGAUGGCUUCUACAAUACCUUUGUGAACGAUGAGGCCUUCCGCUCGCGGAUGCAAGUGGUCUUCACCAUUGGCACUGGCAGCGGCCGAGACCAUGACCUGGUCGAGAAAUUCCUGGAGAAGGCGAAUGACGAGCUGGGAUGGUUGGACAUUCGCUCGCAUCCACUGGGCCUACCUUCCGAUGCCAUCCGGGUGACCAUGUACAAUCACCAAACGCUGGAGACAAUUAAGGUGGUCAGGGACUUCAUGCACGAAUUCCAGAAGGAGCACUUCGACCGGGACAUGUACUCUUUUGAGAUGCCCAAGGUCAAAGGUGUGACAGGCACCCCGGGCACCCUAGGCACCCUAGGUGGCAGCGAGUGUGCCCCCUGUGCUGGGGACGGCAGUUCCCGUGGCUCCUACCGGGUCAGAGGUGUUUGCAAGGGAUGCGAGCAGAUUUCAGCCUCGCCCGGGCGCCGGCCGCAGGCCAGUAAGGCUUCCUCCUGGAUCCGUGAGGAGUUUGACACCGAUCGCGCGGGGACCGUCACUGGGACGGUGCAGCCGGGCGCGCUGCUGCCAUCGGAUGCUGCACCUGAACACUUCCGAUUGUAUGCUGCAGUGCAGAAGGAGUGGUUCCAGUACGAUAUCUACGCGCGCGUUUGCAUGCUGCUGGGCUUCUCUUCGUUCGUGCAGGCGCUGUCCUUCUACGGCCGGGCACCUCAUGAGGGUGACGCCAAUGGCCACAUUGUGGUGGAGUUGCGUGGCUUCUACGUGGCCCAUGCGACUGCCUUUGUCUUGGAGGUGCUUCACGUCUUGCUGCUCCGCUUCGACGUCAUCCAGGGACGUGUGAAGUCGACCGACCGUACCCCCGCCUGGUUCCUGUGGUUGGGCCCCGCCUCGGUCUUCUUCGCAACGGUGGGCAUGGGAUGCCCAGGGAUCCGAGGAAUGUCCCUGGACUUUCACGUGCACUUCAGCAUUGUGGUGGUCAUUUUCACCUGGAUUUGCAUCUUUGCCGCCUACAUUUGUCAGUUCUGCUAUCAGCUGCGCAUUUUGGAGGUGAUCUUGCCCGAUGACGUCCGCAACCCCCUGAAGUUUGGGCCUCUGGCUGUGGGUCAAGGGAGGAUCGAAGAGUCCAUCGGCGAUGCCUGGUGGCCCUCCUCCUGGCGUUGCCCCAGCGCCUUCGCGCACGUCCUGUACUUCGUGGCGCCGCCCUCGCGGCUGCAACCGGGGCAGUUCGACCUCAUGCGCGAGGUGAAGGAGGGAGCAUCUGGAAAUGCCUUUGAGCAAGCCGGUCUCCCCAUGAUGGAAUCCAAGCCUGUUGAUACCAGCGAUGCCAACCCCGGCAUGUCUGCAGAGGAGAUUGCGAUGCAGGUGCAGUAUUUGGACCGCCUUUUUGACUACUUCCAGUCCGAUCAGGUUGAUGCUGCGCUGUCAGAGACCAACAAGCAACGUGUCAAGGACCUCUAUGGAGACUUCUCGCAAGCACGCCGAAAGGGAAGUGGACCAGAGGCGCUACGCACCUUCCAAGAGUGUCUCAUGGCAUUGGAGGGCAUCAUGGUGGCUGAGGGCAUGAAACAUGAGGGAGAACCCAGCACCACCGAUGCCGGCUACACAUCUGCCAGUCAGAUGAGUUCCGGCAGUUCAGGCAGUGAUGGUGAGGAAGGCAAAGGUGAAUAUUCCUGGGAUGGCCGCCGCUUGUGGAAGACUGAAGUGCGCCUCUUCUCAAAGAAGGGCAAUGUGGAACCCUGGCAGUUGGCACGGGAUGCCCAGAGGGUAUUCUUAGGGAACCCUGUUUGCGGAGCGUGCCGUGCUGGGGCACGCAUUGUGGGAAUCCUACGCUCUGGCCGGCUCCCUGUCUCCGAAGAGAAGCGGGUAGUCGCGCUUUUGCGUGGGGCUGCGGGGGAACUCUCCGAUUUGUUGGAGGGAUCUCUCCCGGAAGGUGGGGCCAAGGAGGCAGAGGCCACACCUACCCAGGGGGAAACGCCUGGCUCUACCCCCGAGCCGAUCGUAAAGAAGGCUGCCAAGGAGGAGAAAGAGGGCAGUGAAUACAGUUAUACAGAGGGUGAAGAAGAGGAGGAACCUAAGGUCAAGGAUUCUCCUGGUGGUGAGGCAGCUUCUACAACCGACAGCAUCAAGCAGAAAGAAGACGUCGAGCCCAAGGAGAGUGAGAAGGAGCCAGCCUCCAGCCAUCGGGAGGGAGAGCCCGUCAAAAAGGAUCCUCCCAAGAGAACGUAUCCCAACUUUGACCCGCAUUAUCUCACCAAGAGGUUGCAACUCUUCCCCUGUGGAAAAGCGAGUGCCAGAGGCAGGCAGCCCGCUGUGGUGGUGAUCAUGCCUCCCAAGGCCAAGGCGAAGGCUGCGGCCGUGUUACGUCGUCCGGCAGGGCACCCACGGGUGGGCGCUCUCCGCAGGCCAGCCGGGAGGGGCGAGGUGCGCUCUCCCUGGGCCCAAGGAUUGGAGCAGGAGCUGUGGAAAGUGAGUCCCACGGAGCUGGGUCCCGGCUCCUUGUUGGCCAUCACGGAGGCCGACUACUUUGGUGCCCCGGUGAAGUUUGCAGGAGAAGUGACCCAACUGGUAAUCGAACAUGGGGAGAGCACGGUGCUUAUGAAAGCACUUGGCACCGAUCACGAAGGCCUUCUCAGAGCCCACAGUGCCGGGCCACUCCAUUUGUUCAAGGGUCACAUUUGCCCGCCAGGGUGUGGGAAGCUGACCAGCGGCGAGUACUUGAUACAUUGUGUCAAGGGGCGUCGUCUGAACAAGGAACAGGAGGAAGGCUGGACAAGCAACCUGGAGGGCCACCGCCCUCCAGCCGAAGAAGGAGACGAGAUGGCCGAGUUGAGAGAGAGGUCCCAUCGACUAAGGGGAGGCGAUCCGGGAGGGGGAUCUACUAUGAGGCAAGGCGAGGUCCCUCCCCCAGGGAGGCUAGAAGCAGAGGCAUUAGUCGACAAGAAGAGAAAGAAGAAGGACAAAAAAGAGAAAAAGCGGACCAAGGAGAUUUCCGAGGGGAGGCACCCAGCGGUGGCAGCGCAGAAAGAGCUGAGGGACCUCUAUGCCGGAACCGCACUGGAUCCGAAGGAGAGGAUUCGGCGAAGAAUUCUGGGGAAGGCCCAGAAGUUUGCAGCCCGCAAGAAGCCCAGGUCAAGCAGCGGGUCUUCAGGGAGUUCGAGCUCCUCAACCAGCCCUACAGUGGAGGGGUUUCGGGGAUUGGAGUCGGUGUUUGCAGAGGGGAACAAGGUACGUGCGCUGGCGGAGCGCUUCCCAGGCGCCUUGACCCUGGAGGCCGUUACAGCCAUGCGUCAGGCGCUGCUGACGACCUCCGGCGAGGAGUUGGACGAUACCGGGGUGAAACCGGUCGCCCUCCUUUACUACCGGAGCGUCCUCUGCCGCCGGGCCACGGGGGCCCAAAGCAGGGAGAUGUUAAAUCUAGCAGCAGCGUUGGAUCAUCUCCUUCGCGGGAGAGUGGUGUGUGCAGCAGACAUCAUCUCCCAGAGGCUAAAGGCCCAGGAGGCGGUGACGCAGGGCACAAGCUGGAGUGUAGCGCUCAGGAUGGAGGUGCCACCUCCAGAGAGCGGCAGCCUUGUCAGCAGAGCCGAACUACAACAAGCCCGGCGCGAGGAUUACAGCGAAGCCCAAGCCCGGUGGAGGACUCAAGCGAACAGUGGGUCAAAGGGAGAUGGAAAGGGCAAGGGCAAGAAUCAGAAAGGACACCAAGAACCUUGGAAGAAGGACGAGAAAAAAGAGGAGGUGAAUGCGGGAGACAUACCUAAUGCCAGCAACACCGAGUGCGGCCAUGGCCCUUUGAAAAGCACAGGCCACAUUGGUCUUUUGGAGGAGGUGGCACCGCAGAAUCAGUGCUUUUCACCUCCUAUACCUUUUCCACCGGAACCCCCUAAGUUUCUUCAGGGUGGUUUGCAGAAUGGCGACACGCCAAACAAUAGUUUUUCCAUUGAUACGGAUGGGACUGGCCAUGUUUCAUCAGGUGACCGCGAGACCUUGUCCGUCAAGCGGAAAAAAGGGGAUCUCGGUGACCUCGUUGGCUUGAGGGUUUUUGAUUUAGGGUCCAGGGUCUACCAGCUACUUUUAGGAGUUUUACCACUCCGCAGCACGCCCAUGGGCGAUCGUGGAGGAAAGGACCUCUUCCCGUUGCCCACUUCUGAAAGUAGUUUGAGUAGAAUCCUGACCCGUCUUGAUCAGCAGAGCCUUGGUUGGGUCCAGGCUAUGUGUGUGGCGUUGAACUCACUUUGGGGGGGCGACCUCCAGUUUUGUGGUGAAGUGGGACCAGUAGGGAUUGCCUGUUUGAGGCGGUUGGAGAAAGAGGUUUUACGGCUUCAGGGGAUGACUGGCACCUUGGAAGAUUUUUCCUGGCGGGAAUUCUUUUCUACGCGUAGCAUAGACUACAAAGGUGAUGAAGUUAAGUCUGCUCGUAGUUUUUCUUGGGAAAACAUCAGACACGCCCUGCCGACCCAAAUUGGGGUGGUGCCCCUGGAGGAGGUGUGCACUCUGGGCGCCCACCACUACGUAACACACUUUGACUCCUACAUCAAGGACCCAGGUUCUUGGGUUCUGGCCAAGGCCCCAAGGGUCAUGGUCCCUGACAGCUCGUGGGCUGAGGUAUGUGAGGGCCUCAUUCAGUCAGGAGUGUGCACCUUGCUCCCAGUUGAGGAGGUCUUUCACACCACCCAAGGGCCACUCCUGAAUGGUCUUUUUGGAGUUUCAAAGGAGGAAUGGGUGGGGAAUACAGAGGUGUUCCGCCUAAUCAUGUCGGGAGGUCUAUCUGGCCUCACGGGUACUCCCGGGCCCGAUGAUGUUGAGGUCAAUCCUCCAGAAGGUGAAAUCCGUAAGGAUAGGGCACUUACAGUGAGCAACCCUGCCUGGAGGAUUUAUCUUGACAACUACGACCUGCUGGAGCGGGUGUCGGCCCUAGGUGUCGGUUCUCUGGAGGGAACCUUAGCUCCUGGGGUGCUUGCAUUACGACAGGAGUACGAGGUCUGGGAGGUGCCCCGGAACCUCAAGAAAUCCGUCAGCAGGCAACUCCAUGCUGAAGUGCAGGGAGCACAAGUAAAUGGCGUUCAAGGCGUCGCAUAUCCUCGAGAGUCAAAGCUGCUCAAAUACCUGGGAGCCGCACUUUGCUUGGUUCGUCAGCGAUUUGUUUCUCAAAAGCAGCUGCAAGUGGUUUGCGGCGGCCUGGUGUACUUCUCCAUGUUCCGACGUCCAUUGCUUGGCUGUUUAAAUUCCAUCUGGAGGUUUGUGGAGUCUUUCAAUCAUACGGGUUCACACCUCCAAGUCUUUCCGGACGAGUGCAAGGGUGAAAUGAUGAAGCUAGUUAGCCUAAUACCUCUCGCACGCCUUGACUUUCGUCUUCCAUUCCACGAACAGGUUACAUGCAGCGACGCUUCAUCCACAGGAGGUGGUAUUUGUGCCUCCUUGGGGGUGUCUCGAUGGGGAGCGGUGGUUGCCGGCGGGAGCCUCCGUGGGGAACUCCCUGAGUUGCGGCAGGAGCACCAGGUUGUCACCAUCGGCCUGUUUGACGGGAUUGGUGCGUUACGCGUCCUGCAAGUCUCCGAUGUACAAGAUGUAGAUGAGGAUAUGGUGCGGGAGUGGGCACGUUCCUACUCCCAGGCUUCGGUGGUCCUGAUUGGUGCAGGGCCGCCCUGUCAGGGUGUUAGUGGGCUCAACUCUGACAGGAAAGGAGCGCUGAAGGACGAAAGGUCCAGGCUUUUUGUUCACGUGCCCCGCAUCACAGAGCUGGUUCGUCGGGUUUUUGUUUGGUGCCAGGUCCACACCCUCAUGGAGAGUGUGGCAUCCAUGGAUGAUGCCGAUCGCAACCAGAUGUCCCAGGCAAUGGGAAUCGAACCCUGGAGGUGUGACGCAGGAACCAUGACCUGGUGUCACCGCCCCCGCCUAUAUUGGUUGACUUGGGAGCUGACUGGAAUGGAGGGUGCCGUGCUCCACAGCAGCCGUGAUCCUCGUGAAGUGUGCCUACACGCAAAUCAGGACCUGGAAUCGGUAUGUCAGGAGGGGUGGAUUAAGAUUGACCCUACACGUGCGUUUCCCACUUUCACUACUUCCAGACCGCGUGACCAGCCUGGGCGCAAGCCAGCGGGUCUGAGUCAGUGCACUGAGGAGGAACUGGGUCGAUGGAAGGCGGAUCUCCAUCGGUUUCCUCCUUAUCAAUAUGCCAACCACAACCUGCUGGUUGGCACCAACAACCAGGUCAGGAUGCCAUCAGUUGAGGAAAAGGAAUACUGCAUGAGUUUUCCAGUGGGAUACACAGCAAACUGUGUCAUCAAGAGGGAGCGCACCAAUACCACUCAACACAAAGACAUCAGACAUUCUCUCAUUGGGAACAGCUGGUCUGUUCCGGUGGUGGCCUGGUUGCUCUCCCAGUUGUUUGGGCGGCUUGGCCUAUGCCCCCUGUACAAUCCACAAGAGCUGGUGGACAUGUUGGCUCCUGCUGGGCAGACGUUCUUGCAAUCACGGCUCUGGAGGGCUCCCUUGCGGCCAAUGAGGGGCUCUCCUGUCGACCUUUCAGUCUCCUUGGUUCAGAAGCUGGCCAAUCUCGUCAGUGUCAAAGGGGAGGAUCUCUUGCUCACCACACCCUCCAGCCAGCUCUGUAAAUACCAUCGCCUUCGUGCCUCCAUUCCGUCGCGCCUGUGGAAGUGGCGCAUUGUGACGGGCUGGCGUUGGCGUGGAUCGAAGGAACACAUCAACGCACUCGAGUUACGGGCUGUACUGACCACCCUCAAAUGGCGGUUACAACACCGCCGCCAUGGGGGUCUCCAAGAUCAGGACCCAAAGUUACGGGGGCAUCUUCAAGGGGCCUGGAGGAUGCUUAAGAUCAACAUCUUGCAGCUGGCGGUGUGUGGCACCUGGUUCUUCCUGAUCCUUUGCAUGUCUUUGGACGUCUUCAUCGGGGACCAGGGCUUGGUCACAGCGCCGCAUUGGUCGCGUCCACCCAUGUCGCGGCUGUCCUUGGAACCUCACGAGCUGGGAACGCCCAUUGGUUUACCAUGGUAUGCAGGUGCCAAACCUUGGCUGCCUGAGCAGAUGGCAUGGCACGAGGAGGGCAUGGCUGGAGAAGAGAAGCGCGAGGCGAGCAGUGGCUUCAUCAGUCCACCCCACUCAGGAGAUAAGACCGGCGAGGGCGGAGGACACUCCGGGCUGCACUUCAGCCGGGAGGGCGUGCGCCGCCUCUCAGGCAUGGAGGCCUCCCCCGUGCGCUCCACCUUGCAAGACCUGCUGGACCUGAUGCCAGGUUCCGAGGCGGCGGCCGAGACGCCACGACCCAUCGCGUGGCCCAGCUUCUUUGAACCGCGGCUGCUGGCCUGUGGCGCCCGUGGCAUCGCCACCCUGACACCCCGGGGAGUUGGAGCACUGGUCCACGGCAACAACGCGCAUCGCUUCCAUCUGGCAGGGCUGACGCAUUUGCCUCCGCUGCUCUCUGCAGCCUUUCAUCCGCAUGCGAAGGAGCUCACGGUCAUCAGUCGCCAGGGACACAUGGCCUCCUGCCCCGAACCUUUGGGCGUGAGCGAGUGCCGAAUGGCACAGAGCCUGCCGGUGCCACUUGGCACACGCCUUGUUGCUGCCGCGGCAGGCUGGCUACGUUCCCUGUCCAAGUCCAAGGAGCAUCAUCUUCAUGUAGCCUUCAUUGAUGAGGCCUUACCCGAGAUGAUCGCCAUCUUCAAGCACCGCCAGGGCAUUUGGCAUCCCAUGGGCGAGCUGCCGUUGUCCAGUUCACCUGGGGCCAAGGUGUCCUUGGCUUUUGAUCCCAAGGGCGAACUCCUUCUGAGCACCGAGGGUGGGCUGGUGCAGCGCCGGCGUUUGCAGGAUGGAGCAUUGCUCAGCACCGCAAGCCACAAGUGGGGCCUUGCCUCUCCAGUGGCACAGUGGCAGGCCAAUCCAAUGAACACUGAGAUUUUCACCGGUGUUUCAAGCAAAAUAAACGAGGGCUUUAACGAACAAAUCAUGGAUACUUGA